AAGGAACUAACAGAAUUGAUAGGUUUGCAGUUUGAAGUCCAUGAUGCCGUUGUAGUUCCGAAAGUUGAUGUUUCUAAAUACCUGGAGUAUCUACUGUCAAGACCAGCUGUCCAAAUAUCGGCAAUUGCACCUCAAAACAAAAUACUAGUCUACCAGUUUACUGAUUUGGCACCAUGGCUAAAGUGGUCAAGGUAUUUCACUGGGAUCUCCACCUCGCGUCUCAAAGUCGUUGAGUGCCGCAACCUAAACAGAUUUGUUAUUGCUACUGGUGUUUAUCUUGGCCCGGAUGAUUAUGAUACAAUUAGGAAAUGCUUUGGAGCAUUGUACCAAGAGUAUGGUGAGUUAAACAAAAUCCAUCUUCCCAGUUGUGAAAGUUCUAUUCAAGUAUUUUACAGAAGCUGUGCAGAUGGCAAGCAGCGUCGAGUUGACACAGGUAACAGUUCCUCCAGAUCCACCUUUCCAAUUCCAGAUGCUCCAGAGCAUAUCAGCCUGUUGGGUAACAUGUUGGUCAUCUCCACUAGUCCAGUUUGGUCACACAAAGACUCAAGGGACAUGGAGCAGAAAUGGCAACAAACAAAAACUCCCAUCACAAGAUCAGAAUUUGCAAGAAACAACCUAGGCAAUCAAGGGCGAGAAAACCUAACCAUCUGCGGCAUCUUGCUAUAA